ACUUAGCACUUGCCCAAAUCUCAGAGAACUGCAGGGACACUUCUGUCAUUUCCAUCAUGCCGGCCUCUGGGCUGCUGCUAGGGGCACUAUUCUUUUGCCUCUCCAUCCUGGUGAUACAUUCUGUUUGGAGGCAGAGGAAGAUCCGAAGCAGGCUUCCCCCUGGACCCACCCCCCUGCCUUUCAUUGGCAACUACCUGCAACUCAGCACCCAAAAGAUGUAUGAUUCCCUCAUGAAGAUUGGGGAAAAAUAUGGUCCCGUAUUUACAGUGCAUCUGGGGCCCAGGACUGUCAUAGUCCUGACAGGGUAUGAGGCUGUGAAGGAAGCACUGGUUGACCAAGCAGAAGAGUUCUCUGGUCGGGGGGAGCAGGCCACUUUCAGUUGGCUAAUUGAAGAAUUUGGUGUGGUCUUCAGCAACGGAGAGAGGGCCCGGCAGCUCCGGCUAUUCUCUAUCACCACUCUCAGGGACUUUGGCAUGGGCAAGAGGGGCAUUGAGGAGCGCAUCCAAGAAGAGGCGGGCUUCCUCAUUGAGGCUUUGCGAGACACAAAAGGGGUAGCCAUCGAUCCCACCUUCUUCCUGAGCCGCACGGUCUCCAAUGUCAUCAACUCCAUUGUCUUUGGUGAUCGCUUUGAUUAUGAGGACAAACAGUUCCUGGCCCUGUUGCGUAUGGUGUUGGGGAGCUUCCAGUUCACAGCCACAUCCAUGGGACAGCUAUAUGAGAUGUUUUCUGGAGUGAUGAAGCAUCUGCCAGGACCCCAGCAGCAAGCAUUCAAGGAAUUGAAAGUACUGGAGGACUUCAUCACCGAGAAAGUCCGGCAGAACCAGGCCACCCUGGACCCUAACUCCCCCCGGAACUUCAUUGAUUCCUUCCUGAUCAAGAUGCAGGAGGAAAAGAAAAAUCCCAACACUGAAUUCUUCAUGAGGAACCUGGUCAUGACCACCCUAAACCUGUUUUUUGCUGGCACGGAGACUGUUAGCACAACCCUUCGCUAUGGCUUCAUUCUUCUAAUGAAGCAUCCAGAGGUGGAAGCCAAAAUCUAUGAGGAAAUCAAUCAGGUGAUUGGGUGGAACCGAUCACCCAAAUUUGAGGACAAAGCCAAGAUGCCCUACACAGAGGCCGUCAUCCAUGAGAUCCAGAGGUUUGGCAACAUGAUCCCUGUGGGUUUGGCCCGGCGAGUCACCAAAGACACCAACUUUCGGGGCUACCUUAUUCCCAAGGGCACAGAAGUUUAUCCCAUGCUGGGCUCAGUAUUGAGAGACCGAAACUUCUUUGCCUGCCCUGAAGCCUUCAAUCCCCAACACUUCCUGGAUGAAAAGGGCCAGUUCAAGAAGAAUGAUGGUUUUGUCCCCUUCUCCAUUGGCAAACGCUACUGUUUUGGUGAAGGCCUGGCCAGAAUGGAGCUCUUCCUCUUCCUCACCACCAUCCUGCAGAAUUUCCACUUCCAGUCUCCACUUCCAACCGAAGCCAUCGAUAUCUCCCCCAAGAUGGUGGGCUUUGCCACCAUCCCCCCCACCUACACCAUGUCAUUUCUGCCCCGAGGAUGAGGCUGAGCCCAGGCAGCCAAACAGAAACAGAAGGAGCCCACAGGAGUCCUGGCUUGAGGAUGUACUAAUAAAGUCUGAACCCCCAGAAGCUCUCUUUGCUAUUUAGUUGGAGUCUUGGAAGCUGAGACUAAAUGGCUCUGAGCUCAUUGAUUCCAGUAUCUUCAGGUUACAUUUGAGGUAACUGAAGCUCCCCAAGGGAAAGACACUUAUCCCCAGAUCCCACAUAGAGAAGCAGUUGCAGUCCAGGUUUUACCUUGAUGAGGCACAAUUGAAAAAAAAUUGGCUUUGGUAUCAAAGUAUCUGCAUUCAUAUCUUGCCUCUGACAUUUAUCAGUUGUGUGAUUUUGGAAAAGUCACUUCCUUUCUUUACUGGAAUCAUGAUGGGGUUUGCUAGCGGGCCCUUGAGGUCUCUUCUAGGUCUAAAUCCCUUGAUUCUUAUUCUGAUGCUUUCCCACUACUUAUGCCAAGAAACACAGAGUCAAGGGGAAAAUCGGAAGUAGCUCUGAAGACUUGGUUCACAAAUGAGAAAUUGGCCUUGCACCAUAUUGUCCCUUAUGGCCACUUCUGCCUUAGCUUGUCUCUACCUCCAUGUCCCUUUCUAGGUAUCUAUCUCUGUCUCCAUUUUUGGAUUCCUUUGCUCUUUUCUCUCUGUCUUUUGAUCCACAAAUGUCUGCCUCUGUCUGUAUCUUUAUCUUUCUUCUUCUCUACAUCUCUUUCCCUCAUCUAUCUCUUUAUAUCUAUUUCUCUGUCACUAUUCCAGUAUCUGGGGAUGUUUUUCUGUAGCUCUCCAACUAGAGAGGAGAUUCCUUUGAGAGAAAGUUUGUCCAUAAGUGUUAUUUUUAAAACCAAACAAAACUCAUAAUGACUGAUCCCCUUCUGUUAUAUUUUGUGAUAUGGGAGCCACCUGCCAGUGGCUGUUGGAGGUCUAACUCAGACCUAGAAUAGAUCUCUUCAUGUAAGAGGAUGGUGAUGAUACAAGGAGACUGAGAGGCAGUUCUUCGA